UUGUCAUCAUCCGUGCAUAGUUACCAUGCACAUCAACCUCUAACUGUUUUCAUCCAUGUUAACCCGGUCAACAUUUAUCCAUGGUUGGGAUAAUUAUACCAUCAUAAGCCCCCCACUCCCUAAGCCAAAUAGCAUAUUGGCUAUAGGGAGUAUAGAGACACAGUUGCCGUGGCUAUAGGAAGACAUGGUCACCAUGUCAAUUUUGGUUUUUUUUUUUUUACUCAUUCAAUCAUUUAGAUUUUUAUUUUUUAUUUUUAACCAGAAUUUGUAUUUCAUAUUCCCAAUUUUACUUCUUCCCUGGCAGCUUCGUUGAUAAGGGUCAACCACCGCCAUAGCUGUUCUGUCCAGACCGCAGCUCGCCGGCAACCAAGCCUCCGUCGUCCACUGUCCGCCGGCGUCCCUUCGCGCAACCAGCAAGCCUACUUAGAAUUCCUUUCUGCCCUUGCUUCUCAUCAGCUUCCACCGACCGUCGCGAGCCAGAGGAAUCACCGAACUGCCACCGGCCAUUGAACCUUCGUGGCCGAAUCCAGCACCGUUUGUGAGUUGUUCUUUACUUCAGGUCACAACCCUUCUUCUUCGUUUCUUUUUCUCAGUUGCCGCCCCUGUGCAGCCGGAAGGCCCUCUUGGGUGAUGUGUUCUGUCGCCGUCGGCCUUCCGUUGAGCACCAGAACAUUCCGGCGACACCGAGGACUGUUCGUCGUCGCCGUCCAGCACCUGCGCCGUCACCAUCUUGCUCUGGUUGUCCAUCCCGAUUCAGCCGUCGUCGUUAUCUUGCUCUAGAUUUUGCACCGCACAAUACGUAGAUAUGACAUCGCGGCUGGAGAUGUUCCAAAGCUUUGACCAGGAUGGGCCUCCCGGUACUGAUCAGGGGCGCUCUGACAAGAAACCAAGGGUUCCCUCCGUCACAAAAGGCAAGGAUGCCAUUGUAACUGUGCCUUCAUCCAUUGCAAAACGCAGGGCCGCUAGCCCCGCAGCCCGCGUCACCCGUAGCAUGAGUGAUAUUCCCACGGCGGGGAUGACUACUUGGUUACAAGGUAACCUUGAGUUACCUCCGCUCUUAUCACAGGUGAUCACGGCGACUGAGAAGGAGAAAAUUUCAACACUUGACCAUGCUGCUUUAGAGAAGAAUAGCCACCAUGGCCUGGCCGAGCUACUGUUGUCCAUCUCCGAGGUGAGCCGAAGGAAAGAUGAGCGCGAGAAAGAUUUGUCGCUACAACUCACCGAAUUAGCGAAGGAGGUGGCAUCGCUCAAGCUCGUGCGUGACUCACAUGCAGCCGAGGUCACUGCGCUUAAAGAAAUGCACGCCGUGGAGUUGGCCAAUGCAAGGGGGCGGGCCGUGGAUGCAUACAAAAAUUCUCCAGAGUUCGUGUCUGAUCAGGAAGCAUACAUUAAUGCCCACUUGAACGAUAUUAACAAGCAUUGGUUGUCUACUCCGGAAGGUCGUGAGAAACUGGCCUCAGAGAGCUACAUCUCCUACCAUAUCGGGAUAUAUGCCACUCAACAGAAAAUAUAUCCUAUCUUGAGGGAUAAGGCUGGUACCUCUUGCAUCACUGAUUGGGGACUUCCUCCUGAGGUUCCCAACCCUGAGAUCCCGGUAGCCAACACGCCCCUGGACUACAUUCCUUUUGACAGACUCCCCACUGAUGAGGAGCUUGGCGAUCUUCAAUUCCUUCCGAGACAGAUCACCCAGCUUCGACUGCUUCUGUGCCUUAGAGCAUGCAUGGGAGUGACGGAUGGACGUAGUGUAGACUUUAAUUCUGUCAUGUCUUCAAUUACGAGUACCCGAAUUGCUAAACAUGUUUUGAAUUUCAUAAAAUAAUAAUGAUGCAUGUCUUAUUUUCCUUUCGUUAUUGUUUAGUAUUAUCGCAUAAUUAAUUAUUUGACCAACAUUUAGGUUUUAUGAGACCACGCUGUG